AUGCUGCUGGCUGUGCUGCCCACCCCACGGCAGCAGCAUGGGGGAAAUGCCAAGCAUGAAUGUCAGCCUUGGGACGCCUACGGCAUGUUUCCUUUCCACCAGCAGACAGGAUGUACAGAGCCAAACUGCAGCAGUGGACAUGAGGAGAAGACCUGCGGGGAGGUGGAAGGCUUCUUAUCAAACCCACAGGACUUCCUCCGAAAUAUUCCCUUCAAACUCUUGUUGGCCGACCUCUAUGAGAAGUGGAUGCAAGCUCUGGAGAAGCCAUGCACGCAGGAAAAAAUUCAAGAAUUGAAAGAGGUGGCUGACAAACUACCUAGACCAAACCUCAUCUUGCUCAAGCACUUGCUGUCUCUGCUCCACCACAUCAGCCAAAAUGCCGAGACCAACAGGAUGGACUCUGGCAAUCUGGCCAUCUGCGUUGGCCCAAAUAUGCUGAGCCCAGAGACAGACAACACACUCCCGCUGGAAGUGCAGAAGGAGAUGAAUGACAAGCACUUGCUGUCUCUGCUCCACCACAUCAGCCAAAAUGCCGAGACCAACAGGAUGGACUCUGGCAAUCUGGCCAUCUGCGUUGGCCCAAAUAUGCUGAGCCCAGAGACAGACAACACACUCCCGCUGGAAGUGCAGAAGGAGAUGAAUGACAAGCUGUUUGACUUUGACAUUGAAGUCAAGCCGAUCCUGGAAGUGUUGAUUGGGAAAACGAUUGAGCAAGCUUUGCUGGAAGUCAUGGAGGAAGAAGAGCUGGCCCAGCUGUGGGCACAUCAGCAUGCCUAUGCAGAGCUGCGUAAUGCAGAGCUUGCUGAAGUACAACGCCUGGAAGAGCAGGACAGGCGAUACAGAGAGGAGAAGGUUGGAUGGAGACAGGCUUGGGGACCGGACUUCCCUAAACGUACAGCCGUGGGAGUGACUGGGAGACCCGUGUCAGGCUUACUGAUGCAGCCUGGCAAGCCGGAAACAGAGGAUUAG